CUGUUACCUACGAAUUUAUUUUAAGUUUUGUUAUUAUUGGUAUUCCCAUGAAAACCGACCAACCUAUCUAUGGCAGUGAUCACCCAUCACUUUGGAAACAGAGUAAUGUUGCCACAAAUUGACAAGCUACCGUUAUUCUUUUGGUUUGUUUUCUCUGCAUACAUAUUAAACACUCAAGAAAUCGGUUGUUUGUAUGGGUUUUUUUUCAAUUCUAAUAGUACACUCUCAUCUUGACAAUGACAUUUUUUUCAAUUUGGCCAUCCAUUCAAUGAUGAUGAAUCGUUAUGUGACAUUGAGUCAAUUGGGUGAUGGAACUUAUGGUUCAGUAUUUUUGGGACAAAAAAUCGAUACCGGUGAAAGGGUGGCAAUUAAAAAAAUGAAAAGGAAAUAUUUUUCAUGGGAAGAAUGUAUGAAUCUUCGUGAAGUCAAGUCAUUACAAAAAUUGAGCCAUCCAAAUCUAAUCAAAUUAAAAGAGGUGAUCCGAGAAGAUAAUACGUUAUAUUUUGUUUUUGAAUAUAUGAAAGAAAAUCUCUAUCAAUUGAUUAAAGAUCGCGAGAAACCCUUUGCAGAGAAAAUAAACUGCAACAUUUUAUAUCAAAUAUUGCAAGGUUUAUCCUUUAUGCAUAAACAUGGAUUUUUUCAUCGUGAUAUUAAACCGGAAAAUUUACUAUGUAUGGGACCGGAAUUGAUAAAAAUUGCUGAUUUUGGCCUUGCUCGUGAGAUACGAUCACGACCACCAUAUACAGAUUAUGUUUCCACUCGUUGGUAUCGAGCACCAGAAGUUCUUUUACGUUCUACCAAUUAUAAUUCACCAAUAGAUAUUUGGGCUGUUGGUUGUAUAAUGGCAGAAUUGUAUACACUUCAACCAUUAUUUCCUGGUAGAAGUGAAAUUGAUCAAAUUUUUAGGGUCACUUCUGUGCUUGGUACACCCGACAAGAAUGAUUGGUCUGAAGCAUAUUUAUUGGCAAACACAAUGAAUUUUCGUUUUCCACAAUUCACAUCGAUACCAAUCGAAACGAUUGUAGGUAACAUAUCUAAUGAAGGUCUUCAAUUUUUAAAGAGUACACUUCAAUGGAAUCCACAAAAAAGACCAACGGCAAUUCAAGCACUUAAGUUUAGUUAUUUCCAGAAUGCUACCAAUUAUCAUCAUCAAAGCGAUAAAAGCAACAGUGUAAAAACGGCACCAACCAUAUCUGAAUAUAAUAAAAAAAUUAUGACAAAUACAGCAUCCGCUUAUAAUAAAGCUUCAACUAAUAAUAUGUUGAUCAAAACGGUACCAAGCUAUAUUGGAUCACCAAAUGUUGAUAAUCAUAGUAUACAACAAUUACAAAUGCAAAUCGGUAACAAUCAUCUGAAUCAAUCAUCAUUAAUUGGUCAACGAAAAAGUCCCGAUAAUAAUUCGUUGAACAAUUCGAAUAAUAAUAAUAAUAAUAAUCAUAAAUUCUCAAUGAAAGAUCAAUAUCUUUCAAGCUCAAGAUACAUUGCCGGACAAAAUACAAAGAAAAAUUCGUAUUCAAAUAGUAAAAAUUCUAGUGACCAACAAUCAACAAUAUUUGGAAAUUUUCGUAAAAAUUCAAUCGCUUCAAAUAAAUCUGCCGUAAGUAACGGAAGGAAACUGUAUGCAUCAUCACAUUAUGGCAAAACGGAUUGGUCAGCAAAGUAUGUUGUUGUUAUCAAAUGAACAGAAAACAAACGUCAAAAUUGAAUUAUUGAUUAUUGCAUUUUUUUUGUCCUAGGUACCUAUAAAAGGAUCAAUAUUGCUCGGAUAUAUUUUUUUGUUUCGUUUUUUUUUUGAAAUUCAAAGUCUAAUGAAUGAGUAAAAAUUAAUGACAUCAUCACAAGACAUAUGAUUCGAUAUUUUAUUUUAUAUAUCAUCAACAUAUAUACUAAUAAAAUAAAAAAAAAAUAUAAAGAAAUGCUCUUAUUGCUCUAUUGUUGACUGUAUUCAAUAUAUAUAAAAUAAAAUAAAAAACCCAUAUGUUAUAAUAAUAAUGACAAAACAUGAAUCGAAUUUGUCCAAAGGUUUUCUUCUUCUCCUUCUUUUUUUUUCGUCAUCGAGUAUUUUGACAUUUUGUUUGCGGUUGCAGUUGUUGUAAUAAAAUGCAUCGUAUGACUUUCCGAUUGAAAUCAAAAUCAAAGUCUCUUU